GGGGGCAGUUGUUAGUCGGCAAGAGUGGGGUCUGGAUUAAGUGCCAUUAUCUGCUGGGGUUUCUUCUCUGGCCAGUCCGUGGAGGCCGCUGAGGGCACUGCUUCCUCCUCUCUCUCUCCCUGCCCCCUGUGGGGUUGGGUGAGUGCAAGGAACUGGGAUCUGCUGAGAUCUGCCGAAGUGGGUGUGUCCCCACCCGCCCCAGGAGCAGGUCCUACCAGCCCAGCCCAGCCCAGAGCAGGCAGCGGAAGCGGCUGGGGCAGCGGCAGAGCAGCAGGGAGCACAGGUCUGCCAGUGCUGAUGAAGCUGUGACCAACGGCAUCCACCCCCUGGCAGCCAUCUGGGGCUGCCGCCAUAGCCCGCAUUCCCAUGCUCCGCCUCUGCUUACUUUGGGACUGUCUCUGUGCAGCCUGCAGGCCCCGCUCUGGCAAUGAACACGAUGCCAGAACCCUGGUGUACCCCAUGAUGCCCCCUGCCUAGCUCCUCCUCACACUUUGGCAGGAUGUUGGCCAACUCCUCGGCCAACACUUCUACCAACAGCUCUGUUCCCCUGUGCCCUGACCACCGGCCCACCCACCGCCUGCACAUGGUGGUCUACAGCCUCGUGCUGGCCGCAGGGCUCCCCCUCAACGCGCUGGCCCUCUGGGUCUUCCUGCGCGCACUGCGCGUGCACUCCGUGGUGAGCGUGUACAUGUGCAACCUGGCGGCCAGCGACCUGCUCUUCACCCUCUCGCUGCCCCUGCGUCUCUCCUAUUACGCACUGCACUACUGGCCCUCCUCGGACCUCCUGUGCCAGAUAGCGGGCGCCAUCUUCCAGAUGAACAUGUACGGCAGCUGCAUCUUCCUGACCCUCAUCAACGUGGACCGCUAUGCCGCCAUCGUGCACCCGCUGCGGCUGCGCCACCUGCGGCGGCCCCGCGUGGCGCGGCUGCUCUGCCUUGGCGUGUGGGCGCUCAUCCUGGUGUUCGCCGUGCCCACCAUCCUCGUGCACAGGCCCUCGACCUGCAGUUACCGUGGCCUCCAGGUGCGCCUGUGCUUCGAGAGUUUCAGCGACGAGCUGUGGAAGAGCAAGCUGCUGCCGCUCGUGCUGCUGGCGGAGGCGCUGGGCUUCCUGCUGCCCCUAGUGGCCGUGGUCUACUCGUCGGGCCGGGUCUUCUGGACCCUGGCGCGGUCCGACGCCACGCAGAGCCAUCGGCGGGGGAAGACCGUGCGCCUCCUGCUGGCCAACCUCGUCAUCUUCCUGCUGUGCUUCGUGCCCUACAACGCCACGCUGGCAGUCUACGGGCUGCUGCGGGGCAACCUGGUGGUGGCGAGCAUCGCGGCCCGCGAUCAGGUGCGCCGUGUGCUGAUGGUGAUGGUGCUGUUGGCCGGCGCCAACUGCGUGCUGGACCCGCUGGUGUACUACUUCAGCGCCGAGGGUUUCCGCAACACCCUGCGUCGCCUGGGCACUCCGCUUAGGGCCAGGACCUUGGCCACCAACGGUGCUCGGGGGGCGCUCGCUGAACGGCCUACUGAGACCAGCCACACCACUGAGCCGCUUGCCGCCAGCCAGGAGCUGCUCAGGCCCUUCAAACCCGGGACGCCCUUCACCCAGCGCCUGGAAGAUACGGCCCUCUGAACACACAUCGUGCUAUAGGGU